CCGGCAGUUCGAUCGCCCGACGCAGCCGCCGCAGCCGCCGCACGCGCGCACACGAACCGAACCGAUCACGCGGGCCGCACGCGACGACCGCCGCUACAGAUGCAUCGCCACCACAUCAGUUUACCACAGUAGUGACCGGCGACGCAGGGAGAUUGCAGUAUACCGCCUGCAUAUUGUGCGCGAAAAAACGUAUAUAUAAGCGUAACAUAUAGUAUACCGCGGUUAUUGUGACGAGAUUCACGCGUACGGCUGACCGCGGGCAUGCUGUUGCCAUCGGACAUGUUGGCUACGCAAUCCAAGAUGCUGUACCAGCUGAACAAGUACUGCGUGGAACGGGUGGAGACUAGGAAGACGGCCACGGCCAAAGCGGUGAGGGAGGUGUGCAAGGUGGUGCAGACGGUGUUGCACGAGGUGGAGGCCCAGGAGCCGCGAUUCAUAUCGUCCCUAGCCGAGUGCAAUGGUCGGUACGAGGGCUUGGAGGUGGUAUCAGCCACCGAGUUCGAGAUCGUGCUCUACUUGAACCAGAUGGGCGUAUUCAACUUCGUCGACGACGGGUCGUUACCCGGGUGCGCGGUGCUCAAGCUGAGCGACGGUCGCAAGCGGAGCAUGAGCCUGUGGGUCGAGUUCAUCACGGCGUCCGGGUACCUGUCGGCUCGCAAGAUACGGUCCCGGUUCCAGACGCUGGUAGCGCAGGCGUGCGACAAGUGCGCGUACCGGGACUCGGUCAAGAUGAUGUCGGACACGGGCGAGGUGAAGCUCCGGAUCCGUGAUCGAUACGUGGUGCAGAUCACGCCGUCGUUCAAGUGCGCGGGCGUGUGGCCACGGUCAGCCGCCCACUGGCCGGUACCACAGCUUACGUGGCCACACCCCAACCUCAUCGUGCAGGUUAAGACCGAGGGAUUCGACCUGCUGUCCAAGGACAGCGUCAUCAUGCACGGCAAGCAGAACUCGAUGGAGGGCGACGCAUGGGUCAUGUCGUUCACGGACGUAGAGAACCAGCUGCUUUAUGGCGGGUGCCGGAAGCGAUGCCUGAGCAUACUCAAAACGCUCAGGGACAGGCACCUAGAUCUGCCAGGCAACCCGAUCACCAACUAUCACAUCAAGACGCUGCUUCUGUACGAAUGUGAGAAACAUCCGCGGGACGCGGAGUGGGAGGAGACCGGUAUCGCAGACCGCAUCAACGGCAUACUGCUGCAGCUCAUCUCGUGCCUGCAGUGCCGUCGGUGCCCGCACUACUUCAUCCCGCACCUGGACCUGUUCAAGGGAAAGACCCCGGCGUCCCUGGAGAGUGCGUCCAAACACGUGUGGCGCCUCAGCCGGGAGAUACUCACCAAUUCCAGGGCCUUCGACAAGCUGUGAGGAGUCUCGCGGGCCUUCCGCCUCAUCGAAGCGUAUUUUGUAUAUUAUAAUAUUAUUAUUGUGUAUGUGUAGUAAACAGAGUGAAACCUCUACGUACGCCGGACACUAUUUAUCGGCAAGGAUGACAGUUUGUCGUCCGUUAUUCGGGGGGUGUAUGUCGUCAGGGGUUUCACCGUAUUUUUUUCGCACCGCCGAGCAUACAAUAAUAUAUUAUAUGAACAAUAGUAUUAUUAUAUAAUAUUAUUAGUUAUUACUAUAUAUAAUUAUAUACACUGCACCUAAUAAUAAGCUAGUCAACGCGUUUCCGUCAAGACGCUGAAGUCGAUAAUAUAUAAUAUAAUAAUUUGUAUAUAAUUUGUAAUGUACUACAUAAAGAGGGUUGUUCUUUGUUGUCCGGUCAAGUGUCGUUUAACGCUAACCGGCUGAUAACAGAUUUCAUUACCUGCAGAAUUCCGCAGGUUAAGUGUCCGUUCAAUUUAACUGGAUAUGGUAAGAGAUGGGGCCCUUUAUGUUAUAUAAUAUUUUAUUUACUAUUUUAUAUGUUAUAUUAUUACACGGAAGUCGCAAUGCGUGACAAUGAUUAUAAUAUAUUAUUAUUAAUUUAUUAUAGCUAUAUAAACGCAAUGCAACCUACCAGAAAGAUCUCUAUAUAUUGUAGAACCGACAACUAUUAUCCUCAGUAGUUUACGCACUUUACGUAUAACAUUAUAUUAUAUAAUAAUAUUAUGGUAUACUCGCGAGUAAUCGUGACUCAUAUGGUUCAAUAUACUAUAUCGUUAUUAUAGUACUAUUUAACUACUUUUAUUUUAUUACCUACUUGUUUUUGAUAAAUCAUUUUUAAUCUUUAAGUUACAAUUAUAUUGUUUUUUUUUCGUUUUUGUUGUAUGUGUGCAAUAUUAGCUGUAGUAUAGAACAAUUAUAAAAUGUAUAUGUAAAGUAUAUAAU